GAAGCAGAAGCUACGGUAUUUUACUUUGACCUUCAGAUCUCUUCUAUCCGUGAAGUUCUGUUCAAGAACAAGCUGCAGGAGCUUAGUGGAGUAUGCCAGAAACUUGAGAAUGAGAAUGCUUCAAAAACAUCUCAAGUUGAGCAAAUGAAAGGGGAGAUUAGCUCGAUGGAGAAUGAAAUUGGCGGGUUGAAAUCGCAGCUGCAUGCAUACGAUCCAGUCAUAUCUGCUCUAAGAGAGGAUAUAAUGCUUCUUGAGCAUAAUGCUCUUCUUCAGACAAAGCUCAAAGCAUCCCGUGACCAUGAGCCAGAGAUUCUCGAAGUCGUUGGAGAUGACUCCGAAGUAGCUGUGGAAGACUCAUCCCUUGUCAGCUUACAGAGCUUGCAGAUGAGAGUAAACGCGGUUGGGAAGUUGAUGGAAGAGAUGAACAAACCGGUAGCCCCCAGAAGAUCAAUCUCGAAAAGCAAUGCAGUGGAUGAGACAGAGCAGGUGAAGUCGCGUCGUUUCUUGGGCAGGGAUAAGUAUGAGCACAGCCGGAGGAAAGGACAUGGAACCGAGACAUGCAACACUCCCAAGUUGCAGAAGAUAAAAACGAAAGCCUGUGAAGCAAAGAACGGAAUGCUAAUAAAAGACAUUCCACUCGAUCAAGUGACGAGCAGCUCGCUCAAAGGGAUCCGCAAGAAAGGUAGUGGCAGGGUAGACGAUCAGAUGCUCGAGCUGUGGGAGACUGCUGAGGACCUAACAAUAGGAGAGUCGCUUAGGAGGUCGUUUAAGAUAACUGACAAGGACAUAGUGUACGAUGAGUUUGAGAACGUGAGACGUCUCUCUGAUCCCCCCUUCACGGAUUCAGACGUGGAGAAGGAGCUUCGCGUGGAUAAGUGGGAGGUCUCGAGAAGCAGCAGCAGUUCUGAGCUGAACCGAGAAAUGAGUGGUAGGAGAGUCUUGGAGAGGCUCGCCUCUGAUGCCCAGAAACUCGAGAGCCUUCAGAUGACAGUGCUAAACCUGAGAGGCAAGCUGGAGACAAACAGAAAGGGUUAUAGAAAGGUCAAGAACGUUGAUCUUGAAACAGUUCAAGAACAGCUGGUGGAAGCAGAGGAAACAGUGGCGAGUCUAGUGGAUUUGAACGGCCGGCUUGUUAGGAGCAUCGAAGAAUGCCAUUCCCCGGACAGGAAGAAAGAGGGUGUGAAGACGCGGAGAAGGAAGGUGGCAGAGCAGGCGCGAAAGGGGUCUGAGAGGAUCGGAAGGCUGCAGCUGGAGCUUCAGAAGAUACAGUACAUGUUGUUGAAGAUGGAGGAUGAGAAGAAGAGGAACAAGUUUCUCAAGAGCAAAACUGUCAUUCUGAGAGACUUCAUCAUCUACAACGGGAGGAAAAGCAGCGGGAGACGCAAGAAGGGCCCUCUGUGUGGGUGUUUUAGGCCUUCAGGUAGUAGGAAUGGAAGCAGCCCUUAAUAUGUAUGUGUAUCAUCCCUUUGAUUAGUUGGAGGAAAUGUGUAGAUGGAACUCUAAGGAUUAGGUGUUGUCUAAUUUUGAAUAAACUGUUUCUGCUACACAGAUAUGUGAGUACCAUUAUAUGCAA